UCUCAUCUGGCUUCCUUUUCCAGGUAUUACCCCUGCCUGCUGCCGGUUGUUUCAGAGCCCUGUGAGAAUGCUGUGCUACUCAGGUUUAACUGGAGCGAGCUGACCCCUCUGGGGCUGUGGGGGAGGACUCUGGGCCUGCAGACAGAGAACUCUCAGUUCCUGYUGGAGGGGAUGCCCUUCCGCAUCUUUGGUGGCUCCAUGCACUAUUUCCGAGUGCCCCGCGAGUACUGGGAAGAUCGGAUGCUCAAAAUGAAAGCCUGUGGCUUAAACACYCUCACCACGUAYGUGCCAUGGAACCUGCAUGAAAAGGAAAGAGGGAAGUUUGACUUCAGUAAAAACCUGGAUCUAAGGGCCUUCCUUUCCCUGGCAGCUAAAAAUGGACUGUGGGUGAUUCUGCGCCCUGGACCUUACAUCUGCUCCGAGUGGGACCUUGGGGGUCUGCCCAGCUGGCUGCUGCAGGACCCCGAGAUGCAGCUCAGGACAACCUACAAGGGCUUCACGGAGGCUGUGGAUUCCUAUUUCGACCGCCUGAUGCGUGUGGUUGUCCCUUUCCAGUACAAGAAAGGAGGUCCCAUCAUUGCAGUGCAGGUGGAGAAUGAAUAUGGUUCUUAUGCCAAAGACCCGAACUACAUGACCUAUGUCAAAAUGGCCCUGUUAAACAGAGGGAUUGUGGAGCUGCUGAUGACCUCAGACAACAAGAAUGGRCUGUCCUUUGGCUUGGUGGAAGGAGCUCUGGCCACUGUUAACUUCCAGAAACUGGAGCCUGGGCUGCUGAAAUACCUGGACACAGUACAGAAAGAYCAGCCAAAGAUGGUGAUGGAGUACUGGACUGGGUGGUUUGAUAACUGGGGAGGCCCUCACUAUGUCUUUGAUGCAGAUGAGAUGGUGAACACAGUAGCAAGCAUCCUCAAAACAGGAGCAUCCAUCAACCUCUACAUGUUCCAUGGAGGCACCAACUUUGGGUUCAUGAAUGGUGCWUUGGAAGCUGAUGAGUACAAGUCAGAUGUCACCAGUUAUGAUUAUGAUGCUGUGCUGACAGAGGCUGGAGAUUACACAUCCAAAUUCUUCAAGCUGCGACAGCUCUUCAGCAUGGUCAUUG